GGAGGGUGAAGAACUCACCGGCAGAUGGUACCCCAUUUCGAAUACUCAACAAACUCGCGCCACGAAUCAUCAUUCGCGUUGGAACCUUCCCGGAACGAACAUAUCAAUCUACUAAAUCCGCGUCAUGGCAACCAAAUGGGUUUGGACCAACUCCGCCGGACCGUUUCCCCCGAAUAUGGUGCAGGGUGGCCAGGACAGUGACGGCUGUGGGAUCUUCGUGGGCCGGGCGAACCACAACGGUGAUCUGCUGCCGGCCAAGGUGCUUCCCCAGAAGAAUGCGGCCUACGUCGCGUACGGUGGUGAGGAGGUGCUCGUGGAAAAUUUUGAGGUUCUCUGCCGGAAGGAGCUGGUUUGGGAGCAUGCAACAGGGGGAAGUGUUCCCCAGGAGGCGGUCAUCGGUGGCAAUACGGGGGAUGGGGAGAUCCUGUACGUGGGUCGCGCCUACCACGAGGGAUCUCAAACGGUGGGCAAGGUGCAGCGGACGCACGGUUGCAUCUACAUCCCGUACGGUGGAGCGGAAGUGUCUCUGCCGAGCUACGAGGUGCUGUGCGAGCGAUAAGAUGGCGGGAAUUUGCUAGAGGAUUUUUUGCUGAAAUGAUGAAUGAUUGAUACUAUUUUAUUGGAAUAAAUAAUGUGAAUGAUAAAUCUGGAACUAUACAAAUAAAAAAUAUGGAAAAAUCCUAAAUUGUGCGAUCACUAUGUUGCUUCAUGUUUUUGAAAACUUACAAACAUGAAAAGUUCUAUAAACUCCACCAUUUGCCACACUAUUGCAAUUGCUUCAUAGUAAAUUAGGGUAGAGUAGUUAUCAAUGAGACACGGGGAACUAUGAUAAAAUGACUCUCACAAGCCGUAGUUUCAACCAAUCAGGCUAACAUUUGGGGGAAAGAUGUGUCUA